GUGUGGGCACGGAGCGCGCAUCUGCUUGGGCUCGUGGAUUACCCGCUGGCGACCGAGUGAGCGACCCCAAAAGAAGGAGGGAAGUGCGCGGGGAUGGUCCGGGACACCUUUUAUCAGCACGGCCUGUGAGAGACAUGCUGCCCGGGGCCCCGGACCCCCCGGGGUGGUGGAUAUGGGGGAGGCAGCCGGGCCCCGGGCUGUGGUGUCCGUCCCUCCUUUUCUUCCUAGUAGCCCUCUCGCCUGCGGCUGGAAGUUAUUCCGGGCCUGGGACCGCCAAUGAGCCCGGACUGAAUGUUUACAUGAGCGAGGAGGAGGUGCGGCGGCUAAUCGGUCUGGAUGCAGAGCUGUAUUAUGUAAGGAAUGAUGUCAUUAAUCAUUACGCGCUGUCCUUUAACCUGCUGGUUCCCGGUGAGACCAGCAGCCUGCAUUUCAGUUGGCACGCAAAAUCAAAGGUGGAAUACAAACUGGGAUUUCAGGUGGACAAGCCUUUGGCCAUGGAGAUUCCCCAGACAAACAUCUCCAUGCAGGGAGUCGUCCCGAAUUCCUUAUCAGUGUUUAGAGUGGACCUUCUCUGCUCCGGGAGGAUGGAUUCCGAGGUCGUGUUAGUCAUGCAGCUCAACAUAACAAUCAGCUCUGCCAAAAACAUCACAGUCCUGAAUUUCAAACGGAGGAAAAUGUGUUACAGGAAGAUCGAGCAAGAAGCGAGGGAUCCUAUAUCUUUCGACCGAAACAACACUAGGAUUCAUUUCGAUCCUGUAAAUGUCGCCCCCACGACCUCCACCCGCGUGUUCUACAUCAGCGUCGGGGUGUGCUGUGCUGUGAUUUUCCUGGUGGCCAUCAUACUGGCGGUGUUGCACCUCCACAGCAUGAAACGGGUGGAUCUAGAUGAGAGCUUGAGCGAUAGCAGUAGCUCUCAAGGUCUCUCCCAGCCAUCUACUCAGACAACACAGUACCUGCGAGCAGAUACCCCCAACAAUGCUACUCCAGUGACCAGUUAUCCAACGCUAAGAAUCGAGAAAAACGACCUGAAAAGUGUCACUCUUCUGGAGGCUAAAGCCAAGGUGAAAGACAUAGCCAUUUCGCGGGAGAGGGUGACCCUCAAAGACGUCCUUCAUGAAGGCACGUUUGGGCGGAUAUUCCACGGAAUCCUGGUUGAUGAGAAGGACCCCAGUAAAGAAAAGCCAGUGUUUGUAAAGACUGUGAAAGAUCAAGCUUCUGAAGUCCAAGUGACAAUGAUGCUGACCGAGAGCUGCAAGCUGAGAGGCCUGCACCACAGGAACUUGCUUCCAAUCAGUCACGUCUGUAUAGAGGAGGGAGAGAGGCCGAUGGUACUGCUGCCCUUCAUGAACUGGGGAAAUUUAAAACUGUUUCUGAGACAGUGCAAGUUGGUAGAAGCCAAUAACCCACAGGCGAUUUCCCAGCAAGACCUCGUACAUAUGGCCAUCCAGAUUGCUUGCGGGAUGAGUUACUUGGCUCGACGAGAAGUUAUCCAUAAAGAUCUUGCUGCUAGAAAUUGUGUAAUCGACGAGUCCCUCCAGGUGAAGAUUACCGACAACGCUUUAUCUCGUGACCUCUUCCCCAUGGAUUAUCAUUGUCUGGGAGACAAUGAAAACCGUCCGGUACGCUGGAUGGCUCUGGAGAGCCUGGUAAACAAGGAGUUCUCUAGUGCUGGCGAUGUGUGGGCGUUCGGAGUGACGCUGUGGGAGCUGAUGACGCUUGGCCAGACACCUUAUGUGGAUAUUGACCCUUUUGAAAUGGCUGCUUACCUAAAAGAUGGCUACAGAAUAGCCCAGCCAAUCAACUGCCCAGAUGAGCUGUUUGCUGUCAUGGCCUGCUGCUGGGCCUUGGACCCGGAGGAGAGACCCAAGUUUCAGCAGUUGGUACAGUGUCUCACGGAGUUCCACUCAGCACUCGGAGCCUAUGUGUGAGAGCCGACGGCAUCUACUCAUUGAACUUCACAGGCUCACCUGCCUCCUGUAUGACGCUCUGUCAACACAGUGCCUUAGGGUGCUUUAUUACCCUUCAUUUCGUGUUUUAGUUUUUUAUUUUAUUUUUGUAAAAUACCAGUAUACCAAGUAUUUUAUAGCCAUUCAAAUACAUUUUCGGAAACCAGAUUAUGAACACUACGCUUGAGACCACAAAUCGGCAGCAGAACACUAAAAUUAAACUUGAGACUUUUAAUACAAAGGACAUUUGUUACUGAAAAGACAUUUUGUACUUUAUAAAUGUUGGACUUUUUAAAAAAAACAAAACGCAAAAAAAAAACACCGGAUCCCUUUUACUCAUAAAAAAAAAAGGAA